AAUUGACAUGUAUUAAUUGUUUGUAUGCUAGACGUAAAAGCUAAGAAAUUCCGCAUAAUUUUUUAACCCAAACAUCUAGCAGACGAGAAUUUCCCUUGCGGAAUCCAAACAGCAGCAUGGGAAACACUGCUGGCCGACUUAGGAUUUCUUUUGGAUCAAAUUUAGAACGCUCGUCUACCUCCCAGCCUCAAGAGGAAAGCACUGGGACGACGUAAACAACGUUCAUAAUAGUCUAAAACUGCUCAGUACUUAGUAGCCAUGGGAAACGAUACUUUAGAGACUGUCCAUAAAACUCUCGAGGAAAAAUUUGGUCACACUGAGUUUAAGAGUACCCUUCAAAAAGAUGCAGUGUUGGCUGCUAUCGAAGGGUCGUGUGAUGUUUUUGUAUCAAUGCCGACUGGUUCAGGAAAAUCACUUUGCUACCAGCUCCCUGCUGUGAUAAAAGAAAGAUGUGUUGCUGUAGUUGUAUCACCCUUAUUAGCAUUGAUAACAGACCAAAUUGAACAUUUAGUGAAAAGGAAGAUUGUAGCAGAGACUAUCAACUCCAAAAUGUUAGUGGAUGAUAGGAAUAGGGUCUGCAAUGAUUUGAAAACCAAGUGCCCUAAUACUCAGCUCUUAUACAUUACUCCUGAGCAAGCUGCUACUAGUAGUUUUCAGGAAAUAUUAGCUCAUUUACAUAAACAUAAGCAGCUUUCAUAUUUUGUUGUUGAUGAAGCACAUUGUGUAAGUCAAUGGGGCCAUGACUUUAGACCUGAUUAUCUAAAAUUGGGGUCACUGAGAAAAAAAUAUAUGGAUAUCCCUUGCAUCGCGCUUACAGCCACUGCAACAGCCCAGGUAGAAAAAGACAUUUACGAGCAACUCUCUCUCAGAGCCCCUGUAGCUCGUUUCAAGACUUCCUGUUUUCGGCCAAAUUUGUUUUACGACGUCGUAUUCCAGAAUACGUCACCCGACCCGGAAACAGAUCUUGCUCUUUACGCGUCCGAAUGGCUGGGAGAUGAUUGGGAUAGUCAACCUUUAAAAACGCGACCUUGUGGAAUCAUUUACUGUCGGACACGAGAAACUACUUUUACCCUGGCUGAAAUGCUUACGACCAAGGGUGUUCCUACGAAAGCUUAUCACGCUGGUUUGAAAGACAAAGAGCGUGCAGCCGUCCAAGACGACUGGAUGACAGGAAAGAUUCCUGUCAUUACAGCCACAAUCAGCUUCGGUAUGGGAGUAGAUAAGGCAUCAGUAAGGUUUGUUGCGCAUUGGUGUAUGCCACAGAGCGUUGCUGGUUACUAUCAAGAAUCCGGAAGAGCUGGCCGCGACGGAAAACCUGCCGGCUGUAGGAUCUUCUAUUCUCGUAAAGAACGUAACUCUGUGGAAUAUCUUCUGAAACAAGACAUGGCUAAGAAAUCGAAAAAAGGGAAAAAAUACGAAAAACAAGCACAGCUUGCCAUGAAAAGCUAUGAAGCAAUGGUUCGCUAUUGCGAAACCCCCCAGUGCCGUCAUGGGGUUUUCUCCGCGUAUUUUGGUGACAAACCACCAGAUUGCAAGAAAAAGUGUGAUUUCUGCCAAGAUCCUAAGGGUACUGAACAAAAAACUCAAGCCUUCUUCUCUUCUGACGUUGGGAAAAUUCCGGCCCUUAACUUGUUCGACGACGACAGUGAUUUAUACGGCGGUGGGCGACGCGGACAGGAGAAGGAAGCGGAUUACUAUCGCAAAAACAAAGAAGACAGUGGAACAAAGAAAGACAAAAAUUCUUUAAUUGCGAAACAGUUUUCGAUUCGCCGAGGGAGUGGCGGUAGUGACGAGGCACCUCAAAUUACGCCCGAAGAACUUGAAGCUAUUCGGAAAUCCGUCUUAACAGCUGCGGAAUCUACCUCAAUCAAAAUAGCGGGUUUGAAGAUCACUAGUCGCGAAAGCUAUUUCAAGCUGUUGCAAGAGGCAUUAUGGAAAAACUACGUCCAAGCCCGAAAAGUUGAACCCGAUCUGCCAAAUCUCAGUGAAGAUGAAAUAACGCUCCGUGCAUUAGAAAUCGAGUACGCGGUUUUCUCGGCCACGACGGUUAUAACAAUAUAUCGCCGUAAAAUGGCAUUGCUCACAAGCGAGAUUAAAAAGGAAACUGACAAGUCUAACUUGUAUGUGCAUGCACCUGACUCGGCUGUUACAGUUUCCGGGGCUUCCUCUGAUCUGGAUACAGAAAACAGUAGUUCCAGUUUCGUCAAAGCUUCCGAAAUAAUGUUAGCAACUCCAGCUGAUGAUAAACCUAUAAAAGCUGAAGUUGUGCAAGACUCCACAGUUCAAACUCCUGCCUCGCCGGUGGGAUCGAGUUUAUUUGGGAAGAAACGGGUCUCGAGACUCGUAGCAAGUGAGAAUGGAAUUGUUCCGUUCUCCACGCUGCCUCCUCCACCGAAACCUUCAAACUCGGAGUCAGACCUUAUAGCGAGAGCUAAAGAAGUGGAAGCACGGCUGUCGACCCAAUUAAGCUUUAUGAGCAAAUCUACAGGCGCAGAUUUGACUGUAAAGCAACCAGAUUCAACAAGCGGCCAAGAUCGUUCGAAUAAAUCAAGAAAUGGGUCGGGCAAGGAGUCACCGAAAAUCUCUUCAAAACGAACCUCUCACAAGUCUUCCAAACGCUCGCUUGAGAGCCAAACUAGCCUAGACCGCUUUUUUACCUCCAAGAAGCAAAGAUUGGAGUCGCAACCAGAUAAUUCGGAAAUUGACACGAUAUCAACGGAAAUAAAAACAGAAAAACAAACAAUUCAGCCUUCCACCGAAUCGCCCAAAAAGGAGAAACACAGCCAUCGGCAUGAAAAGCCAAUUAAGCAUGAGUCUGGCGUUACACCUUCUAAAAUUGAAAAGCCUACAAAUAGUAGGACCGAUGAAAAAAUGAAACCGUCCUCGAAAGACGACCAAGAAAUAAGUUCGUCACUCACUCCUGUUGAGAAAGCGGAGAAGCCAAAAGGCAUGAGCAGCUCUGCGGAGAAGUCAAGAGGUAGCAGCGCUUCUGCAGUAAAGUCAAAAAGUAGCAGCGGCUCUGCCGAGAAGCCAAAGAGUAGCAGCGGUUCUGCAGAAAAGUCCAAAAGUGGCAGCGGUUCUACAGAUAAGCCAAAAAGCAGCAGCGGCUGUGCGGAAAAGUCAAAAAGCGGUUCUGCGGAGAAAAAGAAAAGUACGUCUUCUCCAGACAAGAGCAAGCAAGAUAUAGCCAACUUGGUAAUCCGAUGCCUUAUGCCUCACUAUGCUGAGAAAAAAAUCAGUUCACGCGACCUGUUUAAGGCAUUGGCUCGUCAUUUGUCGCACGUAGUACGCAGUCUGAAUCCGCCGUUGACAAGUGAAGCUGGUGUAAAAGAGUUUAUUGAAAAAUUCUUCCAAGAACGAGGCGGAAAGAUUAAUUCAGAAGAGGAUUUUAAGUAAUACUUUAAUUGGGUUGUAAUAUUUAUCUACAUCACGCAUACACACACAUACACAAAAGAAAGCAGGAA